UUUAACAGGAAAGUAGAAGCAGUCAGGUUCACUUCUGUUUCAAUCCACGUCACAUCAGGUCAUGUACAGGUUACUGUACAUUAAUACAGAUUAUUAAAAGAAGAUAGCAGGUAGACUUCAGUCUAAUAGGCUCUAUGGACAUAUUGAGACGUGGAUGGCUCAUUCUUCUGCCGCUGUGUGUGUGCGCUGACAGCAGAGUGAGAGUGAAAACCACUGGAAAAGGGCCAGACAUCACUCCAGUGUGCACCAGUCAGAACUUGGCUUUGGUUUUAGUGAGAUGUUGGAUCAGCACAGAGAGACACACAGGGGAAACCUGCUGCCUGCUAUACAGACGAGAGCAGCCAUUAAAGUGUGCCUGUGACUCCAGGUUCACGCUGAUAGACGUGAAUCGUACUAUAUUUCUCCACCUGACCAGUUUAACAACAGCAGACAGCGGCAACUACACCUGCGAAUGCUCAUAUGAUAGAGAAACUCAGGUUUUAAGCCUUAAUAUCACCGUGGAAUUAGAGGACGACGCGUUUUCUGGCAUGAAGUUCAUGGCAACAGUCGUCAUCAUCUCUGCUGUUGCUACGCUCAUCAUUGCGGCUGGGAUAACGUGUUGUGUCACCCUGAGGAGAAAUCCUCCCAGAGAAAACCAAUCAGGACCAUCUAACUUAACCAGAUCUGAAACUCUGCAGACUUUGGAUGAAGUGGACCCCUACAUGAGCCUUCAACACCCGACCAGUGAUGUCUACCAAACUAUCUCGUCAGGUCGCCCCCAGCAUGAUGCUAACUCCAGUCCAGCUACCUGUGAUGCCACAGUGAUGUACAUUAAUACUCAGGGAAUGGAUGGGAAAGAGUUACAUGUUGAUUAUGCAAUCUAUGAAACUAUCAAGUACUAAGGUGGAAAUAGAUAUAAGAUAUGUUAAUAUGUCAACUUGACAUUAGUUAGAAAAGGUAAAAAGUUAUUAUUUAUGGACGAAUGAUGAAUUUGCUUUGUACACUGUCAUUGUAAAAUAGGAAAAUCAGCUAACUGAACAUUUAAUUUCUAAAUAAAAAUUACUCUAAAUUCUAAAUGUAACCUCAGGGUUGGUUUAGAGGUUACAGGGAGAGGUGUCCUUGUGUAGGUUCAAAUAAAAAUGUUAUAUAAUUUGCAUGAUAAUGUCCACUUAGUAUACAAAGUAUACAAGUAUACCAUCGAGCAUGCCUGUGUACAAAUGUAUAAUACUAUCAAGUAAAGUACAGAUAGAUAUUAUGGUGUACAGAAAAUGGGUAAUAUAGACUAAUAUAUGAAUCAGAGGCCUUUUGUUCUUUCUUUCUAUUU